AUGGAAAGAACCGAAUCUACCGCCAAACUUGUCGACAGUGAUCACCUGGGCCUUUUGAGCGACCAGCCGGAAUCUGAAGGAUUCUCCUCUGGCUACGACUCGGCCGAUACAUCGGACUCCGAAUCAUCUCCCCCACACGACAACGACGACAACAAAGAUGUCGACGACGGAUUGGGCUUGGAAUGCGACAACAUCAGCAGUGAUCACGUGAAGUACCAGAACACCAGCGCCUUCUGUGAACACCUGAAAUACAUCUUAUCCAUGCCAGAACUUUGUGACGUCACAUUCCUCGUAGGGCCAACUAAAGUCCCCGUCCAUGGAGUGAAGGCUAUUCUAUCAACUCGUAGCAGGGUUAUGUACCAGCUAAUCCUUAAGAAUGAACGCUGUAUGAAAGAAGCCAAGAAGUCCAGAAAGCCCAGACAAUCCCGUUUGACCAUUGAAGUGAAUAAGUACCAGCCCGAGGACUUCCGCAAGAUAGUACAGUUCAUCCACUGUGGCUCUGUGGAUGUAGACUCCAGAAGUGUUGCAGGUAGGUUUUGA